AUGAUUUGUGGUGUGCCACUGAAAUACGUGUCACUAUUCACCCUUGCAAUUCAAAACGCGGCACUAUCGAUAGUCAUGCACUAUUCGAGGGUGUCUAUGCCUGCGUCAAAGUCGUAUUCUCCUGCUGCAGCCGUUUUAUUGAACGAACUGCUCAAGGGCGCCAUCUCUUUUCUUGUCGCGUAUACGCGUACACCAAGUGCUCCGUCAAUAGGUUUCACUUCUCGGAGACCCGCAAGGGGCCUCGAACGUUCUUCGUGUUGGAUGCGGUUGAACCGACUAAGCAGCGAAAUUUUUGCACCCGACUGUUGGAAGCUUUCUAUUCCCGCAAUUCUCUAUGUCAUUCAAAACUCCUUGCAAUUCGUUGCGAUCAGUAAUCUUCCUGUCGCAAGCUUCCAAGUUGCAUACCAAAUGAAGAUCAUGACCACGGCCGCCUUUUCCGUGGCACUCCUCGGAAAACGCUUGAACAAGACAAAAUGGAUGGCCCUUCUGCUACUGGCCGUCGGUGUCGGUAUCGUGCAGAUCCAGACCGCUGCGGGAAAUCGGCCAACGAAGGUUGAAGAAGCCGUUGGAAGUGCGGCUGCCGCGGCUCCGAAACACAUACACGUUAUGUUCCCUCUCAAAGGUUUUCUCGCCGUCAUUGCUGCAUGCUUUACCUCUGGACUUGCAGGCGUUUAUUUUGAAAUGGUUCUAAAAAAUUCUAAGGCUGAUCUCUGGGUGCGCAAUGUGCAGCUUUCACUCUUUUCUUUAGUCCCUGCACUACUUCCCAUCGUAUUUUCUUCCGCACCUAAUGGGAGUGGUCCUUCGCACGGUUUCUUCGUGGACAUGUUCAAGAAUUUUGGGGCGUGGGCGUGGGCGACAGUCGCAAUCCAAGUAUCUGGAGGACUAAUUACGGCGGUGGUCAUCAAGUACUCGGACAAUAUCAUGAAAGGCUUUGCAACUAGUCUUUCUAUUAUUCUUUCCUUCCUUGCGAGCGUAGCGCUUUUUGACUACCACAUCACGUCGGCUUUCUUAUUUGGCGCGUCAAUCGUACUCGCCGCUACUUGGAUGUACAACCAGCCUUCACCGCGCGAAGUCGGAGCGAAUACGGCAGGCGUCAUGGUCACACUUGGGAGCGAAAAGGAUUCGGGCCAUGUCAUCAUGUCGCCAUUAGGACGGAACGAUCCCAUCCUCGGCGAGAAGCCCACCAUGCGACAUUCUGGCUCUGGUUUAGGUUCCGGCCUAAGUUCGCUUACGGGUAGUUCUCAGUCUCUUUCAAGCCUUCUGGGCUUGAGUGCAGUAGGAGAGAAGGAGCGUCUGGCACGCGAAAGGGAAGAGGAGUUCGCUCUGCUAACGAGCGCGUCACGCACAUCUUCGCAUUCGCAGUUCAGUGUGAAUUCAUCUCCGUACAUCUCGCGAUCUCCCGGACCGGAAAAUGCUUCUGCACAUGCUACCGAACCUGCGACGUUACAUCCAGCUUCAUUUGGCCAGCGUAGGUUGUAG